AUGGUUCGAACAUUCCGAGCAGUUCUGGUCUUGGCACUGGCAUCACGUGCAGCUGUCGCGCUUCGGCCAUUCUCAGAUGUCUUCGAGUGCAUCGAACUCGAUGAGAGCCGCUUCGAAAAUGAAGCGCAGACUCUCCUGCGGCCAUAUCAAUAUGGAGAUGCCUUUCCGGCCAUCAACGCAAGCGAAAGUGUCAAUCUAUUCCCCAUGGCCCCAUGUCAUGGCUUCAAAAUCGAAGAGGCAACCAUAGACCAGCUACAAGACUAUAUGCAACAUGGCUCUCUGACCGCGCAGCAGCUGGCGGUGUGCUAUGUCCAGCGUAUGUGGCAGACAGACGACUACAUCAACUCGGUGCUCGAGCUCAAUCCGGACUUCCUCGCCAUCGCAGCUCAGCUGGACCACGAGAGGCAAGCAGGCCACAUUCGAUCUCAACUCCACGGCAUACCCUUCAUGGUCAAAGACAACAUCGCUUCCAAGGAUCGCAUGCAGACAACGGCGGGUAGCUGGGCUUUGCAAGGCUCGGUCGUUCCUCGCGAUGCACACGUUGUAGCCAAGCUUCGUAAGGCCGGCGCCUUGCUACUUGGUAAAGCCACACUGAGCGAAUGGGCCGACAUGCGAAGCAACAACUAUUCCGAGGGCUAUUCUGCUCGUGGUGGACAAUGUCGAUCUGCAUACAAUUUGACCGUCAAUCCUGGUGGAAGCAGCAGCGGUUCAGCUGUUGGCGUGGCCGCGAAUGUCUUCCCUUUCGCGCUUGGGACAGAGACCGAUGGAAGCGUCAUCAAUCCAGCCGAGCGAAAUGCUAUCGUUGGUCUAAAGCCGACCGUUGGCCUUACAUCGAGAGCCGGAGUGGUCCCAGAAUCUCUGCAUCAGGAUUCCGUAGGAGUAUUUGCAAAGACCGUGAGAGAGGCUGCCAUUGUGCUUGACAUGAUUUAUGGCGCAGAUCCGCGUGAUGACUACACUUUGGCUCAAGUUGGUCACACUCCAGAAGAUGGCUAUGCGCAAUUUCUUGCAGAGAAAGAUGAACUUCGUGGUGCCGCUUUUGGCUUACCUUGGAACAGUUUCUGGGUUCAUGCUGACCCGAAGCAGCAAGCUGUCCUCCUUGCAAUGAUUGAUCUGAUCCGAAAAGCAGGGGCGACGGUCGUGAACCAUACGGAGCUGUUGGAUUAUGACAAAAUUGUCUCUCCAGAUGGCUGGAACUGGGACUACGGCAGUGCUCGGGGCUAUCCAAACGAGAGCGAAUACACAGUCGUCAAAGUCGAUUUCUAUAACAAUAUCAAGGCAUAUCUUGCAGAGCUCAACAACACUAACAUUCGAUCUCUUGAAGAUAUCGUCGAGUACAACUAUGCAAAUGACGGUAGCGAAGGCGGCAACCCAUGGCCGCUUGGUAUUCCAGCUUUCUACUCCGGGCAAGAUAGCUUCCUUGCAAGUUUGGCAACUAAAGGUGUCCAGAACGAAACGUACUGGCAAGCACUUGAGUUCUGCCAGAAGAGCAGCAGAGAGCGCGGCAUAGACCAUGCUUUGUCGCAAGGGCCGAAUGGCACAAAGCUGGAUGCACUAUUGGUGCCGCCUGAUGUCGGGCAAUCGUAUCAGAUUGCCGCUCAAGCUGGCUAUCCGGUCAUCACCAUUCCUGCUGGAGUAUCCUCUUCGACCGGCAUGCCGUACGGCUUUGCUUUGAUGCAGAGUGCUUGGCGUGAGGAUGCGCUUGUCAAGUACGCAUCGGCUAUUGAGAACCUGAUGUCGGAUACCCCGUACAAGAGAACAUUCCCGAAGUGGCAUGGAUAUCUGGAACGCAACAUACCGAUCAUCAAUGCAUAG